AUGGACGGUCCAGUCCGGGUACGGCUUCUGCGUCUGAUUCGGUUGCUGCGCGACGUUCAUCCCAAAGGCGAUUUCUUUCAUCUCCGUGACGACGGCGAAGGCGCGUUUCGGCUCGCCCCCGUGCGCUCCGGAUUCCCUCCUGUUGAGUCCAUGGCUCUCUCGGCGGCAUCGUUGGAUGCACCAAACUUGCCACUCGCAGCCUAUCGAUCGGUCAACGGUCGGCUCGCCGGUUGCACCUCGCCAUUCACGGCAUUCAGCAUGCAACCCAUGGUGCCCACGCCACCCAUUGUGCGCAUGCAACCCAUUGUCUCCCAUUCACCCCACGCACAGUCUGGCCUGCUCCGGUUCCAUUCUUUCCCGCCCAUGGCAUCGAACAGCAUGUCACGGCCGACGGACAACGGCAGCAACGUCAGCGGCAACGGCACCAGCAGAAGCAUCGGCACCAGCACCCGCACCCCGCUUCCGUCUUCUGCCUCUGCCGACCAGGUUGCACGGCCGCCGGUGCACUAUCCGCCUUGUUCGUUCAAGGGCGCCGGCGACAAGGCACUCUUCUACAAGCUGCGAAGGAUAUACGAGGGCCACGGCGACAGCUGGGACGACGAGUCGCGCUCUGCUUGGUUCCAGAUCAUACCAAAGGCGAAAUCGAGCCAGGCGAAGAACAAGGUGUCGAGCCACAGCGUCGCCCGGCACUUGACCGUCGAGACGGUCACCUGGGCUCACUUUUGCUUCCUCAAGGCCAUCUUCAAGGAGCAGAUCUUUGGCGCACACAAGACGAUCAAGAUCAUCCAGGCAAGGUUCCCGAGCGCCAACCUGGGCUCCUACAAGUUUGACGAAAGUUUCCGGCAGCCGGUGCCGGGCGCGAGACCGGCGUCGGAGACGAGCUCGGGCGGCGCCAUGGCAUCGCCAACGACGGCGCCCCCGGAGGGAAGGCGUCUCUCGACGUCGCAGAGCCCUGCGGACCAGGCCGCUCCGACGCUCGAGGUCGGGCAGGACGACUCGGCGAUAUGCGGUGUCGGUCGGGCGAGCGAGCAGGGGGACAGGCAAGGAGCUGGCUCGGCGACGCUGGCCACGACGGCGGCGUCCGAGGUGAAGACGGAGCCGAGCGGAGAGGGUGGCGAAGAAGCCGGCUCGGCGACGUUGGCGGCGACGGCGGGAUCCGAGGUGAAGACGGAGCCAAAGGGCAGCGGCGGGGAGGUGGUGUCGACUGCCAAGAGCAAGAGGAAGCGGCUUCCGGACUCGGCCAUCGCUCACGUCCUCGUCGGCCGCGACGGAGGGGGCAAGAGGGCGAAGCUCGGCGGAAAGGAGUCGAAGGCGGCGGCCGACGGCGACGGCGACGAGAGGCACAAGCAGCUCAGCGACAGGCUCGCCGAGGUGACGGCCACGGUGGGCAAGCUCGAGGCCAGGGUGGCGAGGCAGAGGCGGACGAUGGCGGAGCUGAAGGCGCACUGCAAACGGCUGUGGGAAAAUCAGCAGCGCAUCCGCAAGUGGGUGACGGCGGCGCAGCGAGACGGGGUGCCGCUGGCAGCCGACGUCUGGGCCGCCAUCCGCAAGGCGCCGCCGACGAGCAACGAGGGCGGCGAAGGGACGGCGACGGCCGAGGACGUCGAGACGGCUCGGUGA